UAUUGUCAUGAUUUCCUCCUGAGGGAUGUGGCUUCACUUGGCUCUGGUAUCAGGGUUGGGCCCAUUAUAAAUCAGUGCAGCUGAGAAACCUGCACAGAAUCCUGGUACUGGGAAGAAACUACGCUUUUCUAGACAAACAAGUAGAGACACUGGGUAAUCAUGCGGUUCAGCGUCCUCUUCUUCGUCGUCUUUCUGGGAUUCCUCUACCUCACACUGGCACAAGUCACGUAUGAGGACUGCUGUCUGCAGUAUGCCAGGACAGUGAAACAGUCCAUUAGGAACAAAGUGAUCAGCUACAGAAAACAAGAGCUGGAUGGAGGCUGCAACAUCCAAGCUGUUGUCUUCACAUUGAAACGUGGCCGUAUGAUCUGCACCGACCCCAGAGAGAAAUGGGUCCGUGAAAUCAUGCGGAAGUUGGACAAACAUACACAAAGCUCAUUUAUAAAGAGGAAGAAUUCACGGGGUUAAGCAGAGGACCAGAGGGAAAACAGCUCGAGUGUCUCGGCCAAUCACAUUCUUUCUUUGAGUUCUGGCUCUCCGAGCGCACAUUUCAGCAUGGAUUGACUGAUGCUCUCAGUACUUCCGGUGUUUCACCCUGUGCUCUAUCUGGUGGCAUUUCCUGUUUCCAGACUUUUGUCGCUUCACUGACGGACUGCUGGUUAAAUGCUCAGAAUGGGAGAUGGCCAUUAUUUUCCCUCUCCACGUGCUGCUGUUGUCAUCACUUCCAAACUCUGUGUAAAACCUUGUGAGCUGCCUGCAUAAAAGGCCCAAAAGUAUACUGCUGUUUAGUGCAUGCAACAGCCACAUGCGCAAAUGAGGGUGUGUGAUGCAUGCGCACUACAAAAUUUAUCCUUGUCCAGUCUCUGAACUUUUCUCUCUCUAUGUUAUGAGCGAUAAAAAUGUCUUUGUACUCGUUUAAGCUAUAUUCUCGGGUGUAUUUUAGUCUCCUCACACAAGCACUCACCCGCGUCUUUUGUUUUUGCCAUCUUCAGUAAUCAAUCUCCGUUUCUUUUCCGACUGUGAAACAAAGGGCCGGUUCAGUGUUUAACUGAUUACUGCAACAAAAAAUAAAUAAAUAAAUAAAACAUGGCAUGCAGUACGAGUGUACUGUGCUGAUGACGAAAUUACCCAAAAAAGCUGCUACGAAGUAAAAAGUGACUCUGCAUAGUAAUAAAUCAGUGCUCAAUUAGCUAGUGUUCCUCAUGUGAACCGCAUUUUAAUUACAAUACAUUUAAAUUGCUUUUACUGGUUCUUUUCAGUAUUUAAUAAAGUGUUUAUUUAAAUGUCUUCUGCUUUGUCCGCCAUAUUACAAUGCAUGCAGUGCUGCUUGAACAUACUGAAUACAGGCAGUUCACUAGGUUUGGGAACAGAGCUCAUGUGUAUAAUGUUACCUUUAGGGUCGUAUUAAGCUACUGUAUUAUUAACUUUCACUUAGUACACUUUGAUUUACUGCUUUUGCCCCACAGUAUCAAUAAAGAGUCAGUGUGAUAAAAAUAUUCUAUUAGAUCUAUAAUGUGGGUGGGAAGGUUUUGCAAGCAAAGCAGAUCCUUCUAAUCCUUAUGAGUUUAUACUGCUGACGCACCACCAAGUGAUUUUUGAGUUUGUAUGAUAUUAUAAUGCUUUGUAUAUUACGAUUCGUUAUUUUGCUUAAUGCAGUGAGCUUAACGAGUGAUUAUUUUAUAGUUAUUGAUAGAAUGAAUACUCAUAGAUCUCUUUUCAUAAAUGCAUAUUAUUUUUUUCCAUAAACCUAUAAAAUGCAAGUUUUAUCUUUCGGCUGUUUUGGAACCGGAUCAUAAGCUCUUUGGGUUCUUUACACUGCAGAUGUUUUCUUGUAUAUCAAAAAUAAAAUGUUUUGAAAAUAA